CAGCGUGCGGUUGUUUUGAUGGAUUUGACAUAUUUGAGUCCCCUUCAGAAUAUUUUAAAAUUGAAGUUGGAUAUUGAUUUAAAUCAAUUAUUAAUUGUUUAAAAAGGGGAGCUUUAUUUAGAAAAAAUCGUUACUUUGGGUAUUCGUAAUGAAUGGGAAGAUUUGUAGGUUAUGUAUGGCGUACCCGUCUAUUUGUUUUUCUUUGUUAGAAAACAAUUUUUCAGAAAUGUUAGAGGCACUUACUUCAAUAAAGGUGAACCCAAAUGAUGUGGUAUCGACUAUUUCUUGCAUGAAAUGUUUACUCAACAUAAAACUGGCUUUCAAUAUCCAACAAAAUAUUUUGAAAGCUGAUAGAAGAUUAAGAGAAAUGACGCUCUUGAAUAAUGUUGAAGUAAAGUUAGAAGAAUCUGAUUGUGUGUUAGAUCAUGGAAAUAUAAAUAAUGUCAGUUUAUCCACAGAAGCAAACAUUCAUAAUUUAAAUGAAUCAGAUAAAUUAAAUUUAUCUUGUUCAAAUUGCAUAAUAUGUGGCGUUGAAGUAGAAAGCACUUUGUUGGUUAAACAUGUUCAAGAACAUUUCAGUGAUAAGCAGAAUUGUGAUUGCUGCAAUAAAUCAUUCAAUAAUAUUAGUGAAUAUAAAGGACAUGUUGCUCAUAAACAUAAACAUUGUAAAAACAUAAGCCACAGGUGUAAAAAAUGUGGCGGAACUUUUCGUUAUAAAAGCUUGUAUAACAUCCACAUGAAGCAGGCUCACCAGAAUUUGGAAGGUGCAAAUACUGAAAAAAUAUUUCAGUUUGGUUUAAAAUCCAAAAAGUCUGUAAAAUUACUAUUAGAAGCUAAAGUAAAGGAACUUGAAAAAGGUCCUUUCAUUUGUAAUGUGUGUAAAAAAGAGUUUCAGUUUAAAAGACAACUGAUGAAUCAUACUCACCAAAAAAAGAAAUGUCCCAUUUGCGAGGCGGAAAUUUCAAAAAGCAACUUAAAAAAACACAUAGUGAAUCACUCUUCAGGUCCCCAAAUUUGUGAGCUUUGUGGAGCGAGUUUGAGAAGUUUGGAGAGCUUGAGAGGCCAUCUAGCUCAUACACAUAGUACAGUUAUGUACACUUGUGAUGAAUGUGGUAAGGAGUUUAGAAAAAAGUACCCUUUUCUUCUACACAAGAAGAAACAUUCUGGUGAAAAAGCACAUAUUUGUGAAACUUGUGGUAAAUCUUUCCUCACGUUUUUCUAUCUUAAUAAGCAUAUUAAGACGGCACAUUUAAAGUUGCGUCCGUUUAUUUGUGAAUAUUGUCACAAAGGCUUUUCCAGCAAAUUUGCUCUGAAGACACAUAUUAGACAGCACACUAAUGAGACACCAUAUAAAUGUGAAAUUUGUGGUGAGGGCUUCAGACAGAAUGUGUCAUUAAGAGCACAUAGAAAAUCAAAACAUAACAUUGUUGAAGCUAAAACGUGUGCUUGUCCAGUUUGUGGCAAAUUAUUUGGUUCUGAUCAGGCUAUUGUUAGUCAUAUGAGACUGCAUUAGUUACAUUUAUAAUUAUUUUGGUCAUUCAUAGAAUCCAAAAAUCAUUGUGCGUUGUUUUUGUUAGUGACUGUGAAGAGUGAUAUUCGUUAAAAGCUGAUUUGAAUAACAAAUUGUUGUAUUGUU